CAAUAUGGCUUCUUCAAUACCUAAAAAUGAAAAUGAUAUUACUAGUUUAUCUUCUGAUCUGAAUAAUGCUGUAAAUCAAAUAAAAGAUAUUCAAAGUUUAAUGGCUUCAUUUAUUGACACUAUAAUUGUUCGCAAAAAUGAUGAAGCUGAAAAAGAGUUCCACAUUAUUAAAGAUACAAUGAAGCAAAUUCAUGAGAUUCGUUUUAAACUGGAUAGUUUAGGUAAUCGGUGUUCUCAAUUGAGAUUAAAUCAGGUUAUUCCUGUUCCACUUGGAAAUACAGGGUAUGUGUGCUUAGAUCCUGCUGAAGAACAAAGUUUGUUUUAUGAAAGGCUUUCAGAAUGUUAUAAUUGGCUAAAUGGUCUUAAUAAAGUUUCCAAUGAUGCUUUUGCCAUUCUAAAGAGAAAAAAUUCUUUCACUGAUAUUUGGAAAUGCAAGAAAUUAAAAGACAGCGAAGUAAAUUUAAUAGAUCUUGUAAACCUUGUAAAGCUUGACUUUCCAGAAUUAGUUUUUAACACAAGAAAGUUACAAACUGAAAGUUGCCUUGAUCUUGAAGUUCCUCUUCAAUUUUCAUUGACACUUUAUUUUUAUGGUUUUAAGGCUGUUAACAUUGUUGUUCGAAGCAUAGAAGAAAACUUUGUUGCUGAUAAAUUUAGCCAAUCAAGUUAUUUUGUAUUUCAGUCUUUAUCUGACAUCUUUACUUCAGUACUAAUCAAUUUAAAUGACAAAGAACCACAAGAGCUGUUACACGGCUUCUUAAAAUAUUUAACUCCAUACAAAGAGUUAUUUUCCGUAAAAUGUGUUAUUUGUAAGAAACAUUUAAGUUUCAACUCAGACUCUUUAUUAUUGUUACCUCCCUUAAGGAAAGAUAUGAUAUCAUUGCUAUUUUAUCAUUUGUCUUGUAAAUAAUUCUUUUUUCUUAAUAGAUACAAAUGUGAACUUU